AUGACUAUUGCUUUAGAAAUCGAGCUGCAUGCAAUGGUCUAUGAAGGCAUGGGAAAGUUCCUAGAAUCAGAGAAAUUAUUAGGCACCGACGAAUCUCGAGCACUUCUUUCUACACCUCCGACAUUCCUAAUGGCCCGUAGACUUGAACUUCUUAUGCUCGCUAAGGAUUAUCAAACUGUGAUGGAUAGAGCCAUUGAGGGAUUGAGCAUAGACUCUGAUGACUGGAUUCUAUGGAAGAUGUUGUUUGAUUCGUCAUUCGAGCUGCUGAAGGAAGCGAAGAGUGAGGAAGAACAGUCAAACGUUUAUUUCAUGAUCUUGGAUGCACUAUCACAAACAAUCAAUGCGGAUGGCAUGUCCACGAGUCGAUUACGCGGACCACAUCUCGCUCGGUUAGAGCUUUUGGGAAGAUUCUUCCGUCAGGAUGAGCCCAUCCGCGCUCUUUCCGAAAAAUUGAAUUUAGGAAAAGCAAUAGAUCUGAUGAUAAACUAUGUGCUGAGGUUUUAUGCAAAGCCUUGCUGCUAUAAUGACAUCAGUCAGUACCUAUGGAUGUUGGAUGAUGCCAACAAGGAAGAGCUGGUUGAUGGCCUGAAAGAAUUUAUCGACAGUGUAAUACAUCAAAGGGAGCAGGCUGGGGAAGAUCGUGAUGCGAACUGCUGGGCGGUAAUCAUGAAUGAGCGUCUUCGGCGAACGAUAGGAACAAUCGACAGAAUGCCAAGGAAGGAUAGGAGGAGACAUGUUCAACUUAUCAUUCAAGGAAUUCUGCAGCCGAUGAGCGUCACAGAAAACUACGAGAUCUGA